AUGGGGCGACACCUCUGUCCGAGGCAGUGGAGGGUGAAAGUGAAGCCGCCGGUACCUCCGCUGCCACAGAUGAUGGAAGGGACCGGAAACGGCCAUGAGCAUUGCCACGAUUGCGAGAAUGAGGAGGACAACGGCUACAACCGGGGUGGUUUGAGUCCAGCCAAUGACACUGGAGCCAAAAAGAGGAAAAAGAAACAAAAAAAGAAGAAAGAGAAAGGCGGUGAGACAGAUUCAGCCCAGGAUCAGCCUGUGAAGAUGAACUCUUUGCCAGCAGAGAGGAUCCAGGAAAUACAGAAGGCCAUUGAACUUUUUUCAGUAGGUCAGGGACCUGCAAAAACCAUGGAGGAGGCUAGCAAGCGAAGCUACCAGUUCUGGGACACGCAACCCGUCCCCAAACUGGACAUGGAACCUGGUGAAGAGGCCAAUUGGGAUUAA